GGAGACGGUGGAGAACGUUGGUCCUCCGGCGUCGAGGAGCGCGGAAUCGUGGAGUAGAGCGAGCCGACGUGCAUCGUCCGGGUCGCGAUUCUCGUCGCGGCUCCUGUUUCUUCUCGCGGCUGUUCGUUACGGGUUGAAUGAACGAGGGUACCAAGUGCAAAGUGCCGAUCGGCGACGCCUGCGUGUCUAUGCGCAUGUGCUUCGAUUCCCUGUGCUUCUCGUCGACGCAGCAGCGGCUCGCCGACGAGGACGCCUCGCAGCUGCCGACACACGGCGCCGUGGCCGUGGUCGCCGCCGGCCAGAGGGCCAUCUCGAACGUCACCGGAGCGACCGCGAUCACGACGAUGAGCACACUUCGGGAACUGCAGGAGUUGUUGCGCGUCAAAGACGAGAGGAUCGCCGAGCUCGAGGCGAUCCGUUGUCGUCGCGAUGCCGAGAUACAAGAGCUACGUAGCCACCUGGACAAGUUUUUGAGCGUGUUGUCGUUCAAGUCACCCCUGACGCCGACGAAACCGAGGCCCAGGAAACAGAGGGCACAGGGGAUCUCCGCGGAGCCGCCGCUCCAGGAAUUCGCCUCGCUGAAGAUCGUCGACAAGAGCGAAAGGUGCCGUGAGCUGAUCAAAGCUACCAUUUUGAGCAAUGACUUUAUGAAGAACUUGGAGCUGACGCAAAUCCGGGAGAUCGUUGACUGCAUGUAUCCUGUCACGUUCUCGGCCGGUUCGACUAUCAUACGCGAAGGAGAUGUUGGGUCUAUCGUGUACGUUUUGGAGGCGGGUAAAGUCGAGGUGUCGCGAGAUGGUAAGUACUUGAGUACUCUGGCGCAGAGAAAAGUACUCGGUGAGCUGGCAAUCCUUUACAACUGCAAAAGAACAGCAACGAUAACAGCAGCUACCGAUUGCCAAUUAUGGGCCAUCGACCGACAAUGCUUCCAAACUAUUAUGAUGAGAACCGGCCUCUCGAGGCAAGCCGAGUACACGGAUUUCUUAAAGAGCGUUCCUAUCUUCAAAAAUUUGCCCGAAGAAACACUAACCAAAAUUUCGGACGUCUUGGAAGAGACAUUCUAUAACAAUGGGGAUUAUAUAAUCAGACAAGGAGCGAGGGGAGACACGUUUUUCAUAAUAAGCAGAGGACAAGUGCGUGUAACGAUAAAACAACCCGACUCCACGGAGGACAAGUACAUCAGGACGCUGGGCAAGGGCGACUUCUUCGGUGAAAAAGCCCUUCAAGGAGACGACCUCAGGACGGCGAACAUAAUCGCCGACGACCUGGAAGGAGUAAGUUGCCUGGUGAUAGACCGUGAAACGUUCAAUCAACUAAUUUCGUCCCUGGACGAAAUUCGCACACGGUACAAAGACGAGCUCGUGGAGGGCAGAAGAUUGAACGAGGAAUUCAGGGACCUAAAGUUACAAGAUCUUCGGCCACUGACCACCCUAGGCGUGGGCGGUUUCGGAAGAGUCGAAUUAGUUCAAAUAGCCGGCGACGGUACGAGAUCCUUCGCUCUGAAGCAAAUGAAGAAAGCCCAGAUCGUCGAGACGCGACAGCAACAGCACAUCAUGUCCGAGAAGAGAAUUAUGGGCGAAGCCGAUUGCGAUUUCAUCGUAAAACUAUUUAAGACCUUCAAGGACAAGAAGUAUCUAUACAUGCUGAUGGAGGCUUGCCUAGGUGGUGAAUUGUGGACCGUGCUUAGGGACAAAGGGCACUUUGACGACAGCACGACGCGGUUUUACACGGCCUGCGUCGUCGAAGCAUUUGACUACCUGCAUUCUCGGAACAUAAUCUAUAGAGAUCUCAAACCAGAGAAUCUUCUUCUGGACAGUCAAGGAUAUGUGAAACUCGUCGACUUUGGGUUCGCCAAGCGUUUGGAUCAUGGAAGGAAGACGUGGACCUUCUGUGGUACCCCUGAAUAUGUUGCACCAGAAGUUAUUUUAAAUAAGGGACACGACAUCAGCGCCGAUUAUUGGUCUCUUGGUGUUCUCAUGUUUGAACUCCUUACGGGCACACCGCCAUUUGUCGGCAGUGAUCCGAUGAAAACUUAUAAUAUUAUAUUGAAAGGAAUCGACGCUAUUGAAUUCCCAAGAUCGAUCACAAGGAAUGCAACUGCUUUAAUUAAAAAACUUUGCAGGGACAACGCGGCGGAACGUCUCGGUUACCAGAAAGGUGGCAUUAGUGAAAUACAGAAACACAAGUGGUUCGAUGGUUUUAACUGGGAAGGUCUGAGAGCAAGGACACUUGAACCCCCUAUCAUGCCAAGCAUUCAAAAUGCCAUAGACACGACGAAUUUCGAUGAAUAUCCGCCAGACUCCGAUCCACCACCCCCUGAUGACACAUCCGGAUGGGAUAACGACUUUUAAAACUUGUGACUUUCUGUUUAACGAAACUGUUACUUUAAGAAGAAAGUUAAAGGAAUUCAUAUUCAGAGGAUCACAAGAUAGUCAAAUGAUCGCUGAAAAACGUGACAGUCCAUCACCUGCAUUUAUUCUGCAAGCUAAUACCAUGUGAUGUGUAGAUAAUCGCCUAAAAGUAACAUGGAAUAUGUGCAAACGUGCUUGUGAUAAAGAUAUUAGAUCGUUGAAAAAUUAAAUUGCAAAAAUACCGCGAUUCAUGUUGCACCGCGCAGAGAUUUAUUACACCAGCAACAAAUAGAAUGCUUCUUCUAUCGCGUUAUCUAUAAGGAAACAUGAAUUUUCACGACGUUUAUCUGUACAGUGCAAAGUCAACGCGUGUUGAAUUUAAAGAAAUUCUUUCGCCCGCAUGGUCCCGCGUUCUAUGGAAUUAUAAUUAAACGUAUCGUCAUAAGAUGCGCAUGAAUGCGUCAAGUGCCAUACCUAACAGAGGUAAAGUCGGAUAAGACAUGUGCGUGCAACGCCUCCACGCGGAACAUGCUCGAAAUGUAGUUAACUUAACCGGAAGAGACAUCUUGCCAUCAGACUCGCAAAAUGUGCACACGAUUUCGCGAAAUAAACUACGUCAGAUUCUUCGCGUCCGGUUCAUUGCUGUUUGAAUCACUUUAUAGUUUAUUGUAACAAUCCUAUUUUAAUUAAUUAUGUGAAAAAGUGACCCCUGUAAAUAAACGACUAUAAAUAUAUUAGGUAAAGCCCAAUGUAUAUCGAUAUUAAAUAAAGUUUUAUUAAUGCUAA